GCGGCUGGAAUGCUACGCUUCCAGAACCCACCUGAUCAGGAAACUCAAAAUAUUAUAUCUGAAUUUUGUGGAACAGGGGAAUUUUUCCUUUCCACGCAUUGCUUCGUUGAAGAAAUCAACGAUCGCGUCCAAGGCACAUCCAGCAGACUCUCCUUCGUCAGGGGAGCGUAGCCGGAUAAAGUGGGAACCGGGUAAGGAACCGGCAACAGUAUCGGAGGGAGACGGGUGAAGGGGAGGUGACAGAAGGGAGCGGUGUGCCGGCCUGGCCCUCCUCGUUGUCUCCUGCGGUGGUGGAGGCUCUCCCAGCCUACGCCUUUCACCUGCUCUUCUGACGGGUGUGUACGGGCCCCUGACUCUCCCCUUAAAGUCACAAAACCACAGUCCCAGUUUGUCCUUCGCGCCCUUUACCUGGCUGCGAAGGCGCCCAUUUAAAAAGCCCCCAGUCAAGUGUGUGUUUUCCCUCCUCUGUUGUUAGACUGUGCCGGGCCCAGGAGCCACGAAGUGUCCCUCUAUUACCUGUGAGAUUUCUCUCGGCAGACGACACAACUUCCCACCACCUCUCAAAACAGAAGCUGGAACUGGCAAGCUAAUCAAGAUACUCCAUUCGAAAACAUAUAAAGCUUGGCUCAAGAUGACCUCACCACAACCCUCUCCCAGCAGACUCACCAAAUACACGACCAUGGGUCAACGAUACCUCUCUCGAUGGGUCUCCUGGUCAGGAACUGCCGCUACACCCCCUGGGUCACCUUCUAGGGCAUCACCCAACGAGGGUAUCUCGCUUUCCCCCCAACCACCACGGGCUUUCCAACCAAGAUCAAGGGCGUCUUCCAAAGCUUCCAAUAUGUCUGAAAAGCCACCUGUUACGGUUCCACAAACAUCCUAUCCUCUCGUGCCCAAACUGCCGGUACCACCCCUAGGCCACACCCUUUCCUGGUACCUUACCCAUAUGAAACCUGUUCUCAGCCAAGAAGAAUACCAGGAAACGAUGAAGAUCGUCGAAGAGUUCGGCAAGCCAGGAGGAUUUGGGGAGAAAAUUCAAGAAGAACUUAUCAAAAGGCAUGACUCGAUGGAUAACUGGGCCUAUAACUGGUGGCUGGACGACAUGUACAUGAAUAUAGCACUACCUCUUCCAGUCAACAGCAACCCAGGGAUGGUCUUCCCUCAUCAAAAGUUCGCUUCAAAGUCGGAUAUCGUCAACUUCGCUGCUAAGUUAGUUACAGCGGCAAUUGACAUGAAGGAGAGAAUUGAAGCGGGUGAUCUCGAUGUAGACCGAUGCAGUGCGCGAGAGCGCUACCAGCCCAUGUGCAUGGCCCAGUACAACAGAGUGUUUACUUCCUAUCGGAGACCUGCUAUACCCAAGGACAAACUUGUAUCGGUGACAGAACAUCAAAAGGACUCACAGCAUAUCAUGGUCACGUACAAGAAUCAUUUAUAUCGCGUGGAGGUCGCUGUCGAGGGAACACGGAUGAACUUAAACCAAAUUGUGGAACAACUGAAGGAAGUGAUGAGAGAGGUUGAUGAAUACGAAGGUUCCGACCCACCACCAGUUGGAAUCCUGACGGCUGACAACAGGAGGACAUGGGCACAGAGCAGGCAGCUCUUAGCAGGCGAUCCUGAAAAUCAAAAAACUCUUCAUACCAUCGAGACCAGUGUUUUGAUUUUGUGCUUUGACGACCCUCUGCCAUCUAAAUUCAAUCUGGCUACAAGGACAAGCCACCGCGCAAGUCUAUCCAAAAGGUCAAGCAGUUUCACCAUGAAUAGUCAGUCUUCGGGAGGUAACGGGGAGGAGCUAACAAUUCGAGACGAGGUCAACGCAGGUCACCAGAUGAUCCACGGCGGUGGCUUUAAUCAUAAUAGUGCUAACAGGUGGUUCGACAAGACCGUCCAGUUCGUUGUGACGAGCGAUGGGUGGUGUGGCUUGUGCUACGAGCAUUCUUGCGCAGAAGGAAUUGUUGUCAUUCAGUUGGUCGAGCAGGUUCUGCAAGCCAUUGCUGCAGAUACCCAGUCUGCUGCUCCAGGAGAAACCGAGGAGGUGAACCCUCCUCUGGAAGAGAGUGGCAUCUCAGAUAUAGAUGAUGCUACAGGCAACAACACUGGGUUCCCAGCUCCCGAAGAAGCUGCACCUAAUCCCACAAAGUUAGGCUGGAAAGUUACCCCUGUUAUCUACAGGCGUAUACAGGAGGCAGCUGACCAUGUUGACAGGUUAGUUGAGGACCUCGACUUCCGCAUUCUUCGAUACCUGGGCUAUGGAAGAGGCUUCAUGAAGAAAGCAAAAUGUUCUCCUGACGCCUUCAUUCAACUGGCACUACAGUUGGCUUUCUUCAGGUGUCAUGGUCAACUAACUAGUACAUACGAAAGUGCCAGUACCAGAAGGUUCCGCCACGGGAGAGUGGAUUCCAUCCGCGCUAACACUCCACAAGUACUAGCGUGGUGCGAGGCUAUGGUCAUCAAUGCUCCUGUUGCAGAUCGGUUGGCCAAAUUCGACACUGCUAUAAGCAUGCAAACGGACAUCAUGGUUAACAACAUCUUGGGAAGAGGGAUUGACAUCCACUUGCUUGGACUUAGAGAGAUGGCCAAAGAGAUGGGACUUCCACCUCAGGAUAUCUUCACUCACCGGUCAUACCAAGUCGCCAACCACUUUCGCUUAUCAACCAGUCAGGUGCCUACUCUUUCUGAUUCCUGGAUGGGAUAUGGCCCAGUUGUUCCAGAUGGAUACGGAGCUUCAUACAACCCCCAUCCGGACUACAUUGUCUUUUGUCUUUCGGCUUUCAAUUCCUGUGAAGAAACGUCUACGCUUGAAUUUGGACGCAGCCUGGAAAGAGCCCUGGAUGAAAUGAAAGUCCUUCUAGAAUCUAGAAUUAAAUAGGAUGUGAGAAGGAUAAUGGACUCUCUCUCUCUCUCUCUCUCUCUCUCUCUCUCUCUCUCUCUCUCUCUCUCUCUCUCUCUCUCUCUCUCUCUCUCUUAAUUUUCGUUCAUCAUACAUUACUACAAUGAAUCUGACUUAUGUGUCACAUUACGUAGUCCCCUUAAUCUUGGCAAUUUUCCCAAAGCUUUCUUGAAAACACACGUGCUUCUACGACGCUUUCCCUAUUAUGUCGAAUGUUGAUAGAAAGAAAAUCUAUAAUGAAUGACAAAUAUUUUGAAAAUAUAUAUAUAUAUAAAAUGAAUUAUGCAAAAUUUCAAAAAGCAUAUACAUAUGAAAUAUGAGAUGUUAACUGUUAUAAUUUACAAUUUUACGGAAGUAGAUAGUCGUUAGCUCUGGUUUGAUAAUUAAGCGUUAGUUAAUACUAUAAAACAUAAAAUAAAGAGAAUAAAGAGAGGAUUUGAAUAUUAUGAGCGUCAAGAUUGAAAUGUUAAAAGCGUUCUCACUGUAAAUGAAUUCUGUGAUGAUAAUAGGAUUUGUAAGGCUUAAAGAAUGUCCAUAUUUGAUCCCUUCAAGAACUAAUUAAUAACAAAUACGAAAAGGUGCUUGUGACCACUGAUUACAAACCUGAGGUCAUAUUUCUGAUGUUACUAUAACCUUAAUUUUAAAUAUGCAAAACUGAACCGUGAAUAAAAUAAUUUAUAACCGAGGUUCACCCUUGAUUUAGUGGAAAGAAGAUAUAUGCGGAAAUGACAGUUGUUAUGGUUUUUCUACCUUUCCUUAAGGUGAACGGAUUGUUCCUGAGCAAAUAAGAAAAAACAAGACGAAAGAUUGCAUUAAAUGCUACGGAUAACGAUUAGUGCUGAAACCCUUUAUGAGGGAACCAUAUCCAGUUUAUCCCCUAAAGUGUAAGUGAAUAUUCCUUCUUUCCCUAAGACGUGCUUGGUGUCUCUUAGAUGGUGGAUUUUGCAUUAAGUAACAUGACUGGCUCCUACUGGUUGAUGUAGUCGUGUCAUGGGCCAUAGGACUGUGGUCAUUUACAGUGUAAAUGAUCACAUGACUGCCUUUAGAAGAAGCCUAUUCAAGUCUUUCUAGGUGAAGCCUGAUGUCAUCUCAAAUGAUGCGCAGUGCGUCACUUUUCGUGAAAUAUAGCGUUAACAUUUGAAUAUCAUAAAUUAAGUAAUACUGUCCGGUUUGUGUUGUGCAUGGUAGGUUUGGAAUACACUCUGAUUUUUUGGGUAUCAUAUCAAAUUAUAAUUAUAUACUUUUAAUGACGUACACUGUGUCAUAGUAUCUCAAAUGAGUACGUGGAUCUCCGAUAAUUACUUUUCGGGCACUCCGUCAAAAAGGGAUGAUUUAUCUAUCAUACUGUUUAUCCUUCGACCUCUCUCUAUUAUGAACUCGGCACUUAUUUCCAGAUUGAGAUAGUCAGAUGAAAUCUUGCGAUUAGAUCAAGAUAAUGUAUUUCGUUGUAGUAGCUACAUCGCUCAUAUUGUGGCUGCAGUUCAGUAAACGUCGGGUCUUUUCAUCAGAACUAUACACUUCCUAACUGUAAAAUCUUGUUUUUGCGCAAACGGUAUAAUGCAUUUUCCUAUUAUCAAAAUUAGUGACUAUCUGCAUACCUGUGUCUUUCUGCUGUCACAUAAAAAUUAUUCAUAGCAAUACUCGAACGUUGGCGUCUCUCCUUGUAACUGGACCAUAUUUUCAUGAAUUAAUACAAUGUCUUUUCAAAGAUGUUUAUAGUCCAAGUUGUGCAGUUAAAUCUCGGUGUAUAAAUAUCACCGCAAAAUCAGAAGAUUUUCAGUUUUAUUUUAUUUUAAAAUAAUCUAGCUAUCUUAGUAACUGUCAUCUUAUGAACACCACAUACCUAUAUAAAUUUUGAUAGUUUAAGUGCUCCAAGGACCCUUCAUUUCUCCUUACAUUGCCAUUCUCCUCCUCUCUUUUGAACGAGGCCCCCACUUCGUUAUUGAUUAAAAGCUUAAACUUUAUGUUUUCAUUAUUACAGAUCAUAAAUGAAUAACUCAUUAGCUUAUGACUACCUGCAACAGCUAGGAUUGAAAAGGCGAAGUUUUCUCCUUUCGGUGGCCUUAGCCUACAAUUCCACGAAACUAUUCAUACGCUUAUACGCAAAAAUAAUAAUGGAGCGUGUUCUGUCAAAUCCUUUCAAAUGAAACAAAUCAAGAUUAUGCAGUCAAAAAGUUCAGUGUCUGGCCGUCUGACCUGUAGAGUUCCUAACCUUAACUGUAUAGCAAAAUAGAUGUUUUAUCCCUGGUUGUUCAAUCACUGCGAACCCUACAGGGGAUUCUGGAUCCAAUGAUAUAGUCAUUUCGACUAAGGCGCCCGUCGCUUUUGUGAAUAUUCUGACGAGUGGUGACUGUUCGUCGAAACUAUGAUGUUGGUACGUCCAAUUUGUCAAGAUAAGAUGUAUACUAAACAUACGUUGGUCAGUGAAAAGACGUUCUUUCAAGCUGGAAAUGAAUUUCUCUUUCGUCUGGUGGAAUAACAGCGACAGUGAUGUUCGUACUGGUGCUGGUAUGCUAAUCUUUAGUGCUAUUUCAACAACCAACGUGUUCAAAAUAAUGUUAGGUCUCUAAAUGGCCCUUCAACCAUACGCUUUUCAUGUUAACAUUGUUGGAUGGCCUAAUGUCUUCUGGAAGUUAAGUUCAUUACCGACAGCAAAUUUGAUCUAUAUUUCUGAUACCGAAAGUACAUUGUUUAUUAGUCGAUGAUUAAUAGAUACGAUAUAUAAAUACAAAUAUAAAUAUUCAACUAUAUUCCAACAUGUAUUUCAGUAAGUCUGCCCUUUUGCCUACAUCAUCCGCAUCAAUACACAAAAAAUUAUUUUAGUUUAGUAAAAAAAAGCAGUCAUUCUUUUUCUAAAGUUCUCUAAGACUGCAAUUCUCAAUUUCCGCUUAUUCUCGGAUUCUGAAGUCCUGGAUAUCAAGAACUUCCGUGACAUCAUCUAAAAGCUUUUAAUUCCAAUAUCUCCCUGAAGGAGGGGUGAAAUUGCUAACGACGUUUAAAAACAAGUUGUUACCUCGAUGUAAUGCAAUGUUUCAAACUCAUUCGUCCACAUCAACAACAAACUAAGUGAGCAAUGUUUACCACAACAUUUUUGGUAAAAUCUGCUUGCACUUCACCUGUGGCAGAUGAAUUUGCUCGACCUCAUUCCGAAACGUCACGCCUGUGAACCUGUGAGAGCCGCUGCCAGGCAUUUCACAGACACAAAUCCGUACAGCCCAGCCUUCUCUUUCUCUCCCUCACUUUUUAAUUAAAAUGCCUUUAAAUAUGAUGAAUUUUCUAUGAUGUAAUCUAGUUAAACCCUUGGAAAUGCAUUUGGGUUUUUGGUCGUGUUCCAAAGUUUUCCUCGUUUGCAGUCGAUCUCUAGAGGAAAGGAAUACUCAAACGGUUAUGUAAGAUUCACAUUUAUGCAAGCUCUUUUGGCAUCAGCAAUACAUCAAUCUGUUACUUGUAUUUCAGGAUUGUAAUACCCGGUACUGUCUGACUAACUUGACAGUUUCGCACUGAGGUUUGAAAAGGGGCAGGUGAACUGCAUUCUUCAGGUUUGCUUUACUUUUCCCAAAGUUUUUCCUCCUCUCAUAGUUUAUUAUCUUGUCCAUCGUUUCAUAUAUUCAUUAAUAUAUGGCAUAUAUAGUUACACAUCUGUUACUGUGAUAGAAUGUGUUUGUGCAGGCAUAAGAAAAAGUUGUCUUAUUUAGGUCACUCCAUUUAACGAAGAAUAUCAACAUAUAUACGUUUAGUGACCCAUAGUACAACAGAAGAGCUAAAAGUGAUGCACAUGCCUGCUUUCUUUCUUUGUGACAAUAAGGUAUUAUAGGUUUAAAUCGGGAAAAAAAUAAAACAGUCUAAGAAAGCUCAUUGUUUCUCUUCGUGGCAUUUAUUCAUAUGCAAAUUUCUGCUUCUCAUACUAUAAUCAUACAAAAAAAUGAUAAAGUAAUCCCAUAACGAAUGGGUUAAUUAAUCGAGAUAAGAUAUCUUUCAUCUUUCAAGCAGUGGCUUUCUCGCUCCCUUCAGGAAUAUGAUCCACCGUUUUUACGACUCAUUUUUCAUAUAUUUCGCUACAGAGAUGAAUAGGUACAUUGAGAUGUCCUCUCCAUCGGCGUUUACAUUUUUAAAAAACGGUUUAACUGUAGACCAAGAUUGGAUGGAAAGUCGAAUGCGCUCUUCCUUUAUGAAAUAUAGGCCAAAAUUGCAGAAAUAAUCUUAUUUCUUAGAGACAAAAGCUUCCCGUGUGCAUUUUAUAGAUUACAAUUUGCACCGACUCCCGGAAACAUUCAUUAUUCACUGCAAAAGAAAAAAACUGAAUUCUACUGGUGUCGCUCUUUGGUCUUGGAAGAAUAGUUGUAGUAUAUAUAUAUAUAUAUAU